AUGGCAGCGUUCGUACGGGUCUCCGGGCCGCCGAACAGUAGCUUCCUGGUCGGAUACCCUGGCAUAUCUGCAACAUUACCGCGCAUCGAAGGAAAGGUCGAGAUUAGACCGUCGCAGGGCUACUCCAUGCCCGUCGCAAUAUCGCUCGUACGAAUAUGUUUACAGAAAAAAGAAACGAUCCACCCCGCCGCCGAGAACGUCGCGAAACGACACCUGGGCACACCGAGGAGGGAGACGAUUGAUGUCGUGGGGAAAGAACUGCUGCUGUUCAGGUGCCAGGCAGGCAAGGAGGCUGAGAGCGUGAUCGCGAUGGACCUGCCAUUCGUGCUCUUCAUUCCAUACGGUAGGGGCGGGGAGGAGACCAACAGGAGGAUACCGCCCGCAUCGCUACAGCUGCCCUCGAGGACGGCAGAGACGCUCUACGAGCUGGUCGUGACGGUACAGCAGGGCGCGAGCACCCAGAACAAGUACUCCUUCCCGGUGCCGUUGCAGAGGUACGACACGCUGUCGACGUUCGGCAUGUACAACCGGCCCGAGUCGAAGGUGGUGACGGCAGACAACCUGGUGACGCUGGGCAUCUCCCUCCCAAAGUGGAGUUACGGCCCUUGCGACCCUAUCACGGUGUACAUCAAGCUAGCGCCCAACGCGGACUGGGUCAACAAGGCCAAGAAGGUCACCAUCAGGAGCAUCACGCUGGCAAUCGAGGAGGAGAUCACGUACAACCCCGAAGGCGACGAGCCGACGAAGAAAGUCAACAAGAUCGCGAAACACACACAGCCCGUCGGGGCUAAGUUGCCCGAGGCUGGCUACGUAACGAACCUGGGCCUGGUGUUCCCGUCAAAGGACCUACGGGACUCGGAGGGAAUAGUCAAGCGGGGCAAGCCCGGGUUCCCCAUGUACGAGGUCCCUUCGUUCACGACGACAUCGACACUCUACAAGAUCGAGUUCUUCCUGAGCAUCAAGGCCCAGAUGAGCUCAGCUCGCGACAUCACCCUACGGCAGCCGAUCGUGAUAUGUCCCAUGGAUCAGCAGGCCUGCAAAGAGGAGAUGGAUGCCAUAGAACAAGCUGCGAAGGACGCCUCGCACGUCGACCCCAGCAAUCCGAUGCUUCCCGCAAGGUCAAUCGUCGUUGCUAAUGACAGGGACGCUCUGCGACACUUGGGGCUCUGCUCGGUCGGGGGCCAGAAGAAGCCGCUCAUUGAAUGA